UUGUUUUCAUCACAUAUUCAUUUUAACAUAAAAAGAAAGCAAAAAAUUUUGGUCGGACCUUUUCUUAAACUAACCCCUUUUCUUCUCCGAGAAUACAUAUCUCAUUUUCCGGGAAGAUCUGUUUAUUCCUGGAAAAUGGGUUCAUGUUGCAGCAUUAGUUGGACUCCAAUUGGAUCCAUAGCCAUAGAUGCUUAUGAAAACAAAGAACACACAGAUGAAACAGAGUAUGAUCAUCAUAAUCAUAAUCAUCAAAAUCAUCAUAAUUACAUUCAAAAUGGAGAUGGUGCCCGUGUUAGAUUUCAUGGUUCUUCCAAAUUCCUCUCAAUGUACACACAACAAGGAAGAAAAGGAAUCAAUCAAGAUUCCAUGACUUCUUGGGAGAACUUUAAUGGGGAAAAUGAUACGUAUUUUUGUGGCGUAUUCGAUGGGCACGGGCCAUCGGGACAUGAGGUGUCGCGAAUUGUAAGAGAUAAUCUACCGACAAAGUUGAGUUCGUUUUUGAAGAAAUCGAAUAAUAUUGUCGCGACAUCUGAAUUCUUCUCGUCUUGGGAGAAUACUAUCGUUAGGAGUUUCGAAGAUUUGGAUGAAGAAAUUGGUGCUGCUGAUUCUAGUGUUAAUGCAUAUAGCAGCGGAUCGACAGCAGUAACUGUUAUCAAACAGGGUGAUAAUCUAAUAAUUUCAAAUUUGGGAGAUUCUAGAGCUAUUCUCUGCACUAGAGAUGAUAAUAAUAAGCUUGUUCCUGUUCAACUCACCAAAGAUUUGAAACCCGAUCUUCCAGAUGAGGCAGAGAGGAUUAGGAGUAGAAAAGGCAGGAUCUUUCCUAUGGAAGAAGAACCGGAAGUAUUUCGAGUAUGGAUGCCCGAGCAAGACUCUCCCGGCCUAGCAAUGUCGCGUUCUUUCGGGGACUUUUGUUUGAAAGAUUUUGGUCUAAUCCCAACCCCUCAAGUAUCUUACAGGAAAAUCACAACAAAAGAUGAAUUUGUCGUUCUAGCAUCCGACGGGGUAUGGGAUGUGUUAUCAAACACGGAAGUAGUAAAGUAUGUUGGAUCGGCAAGAAAGAGAUCGAUAGCAGCUCGAUUACUCGUGGAACGAGCUGUUCAAGCAUGGAAGUAUCGUUAUCCUACAUCAAAAGUUGACGAUAUAGCCGUUGUUUGUUUGUUCUUUAAGGAACAUCAAGUGGAUAAAUUGGAUGAAAGCGAAUUGAACAACACAUUCUCGGAAGAGGUUCGACCUGGUCGUCAUAAGAAGUUGAAGAGCGAUGAUGGACUCGACACUGUUGUGAACUGUGAAGUCACAAGAACUCAUAAUCGGGGCGUGACUCGUCGGAAACAAUCAUCGCAUCAUCGUUGAAAGCGAACAAUUUAUCGAACAUUUUGGCUAUUGUAAAAAAAUUAUGUAAAUGUAUGCUUGGAAAUGGAGAGGGGGGUCUUGUUAAUUUGAAUGUUAGAAGUU